AUGUCUCCACUUCUGAAAAACAUCUGUGACAUCACUGAAACUUUCAACCAAUAUGCCUCAAAUAAGUGUGAUGGGGCAGCACUAAGCAAGAAAGACCUAAAGGAACUCCUUGAAAGGGAAUUUGGAGAUGUUCUCCAGAGACCACAUGACCCUGAGACGGUGGACACUGUCCUGCAAAUUCUAGAUCGUGACCGUGAUGGGCUUAUCAACUUCAACGAGUUCCUCCUGUUAACUUUCAGAAUCGCCCAUGCCUGUUACUAUGCUCUCCAACAGGCUACGGGGUUUGAGGAGAAGGGUGCAAAAUGUGAAGAGAAGGGGAACAGGCAAGAAGAAGACCAAAGGAGAUUGGAGCACAGGGACAGGCCUUUUGAAGAAGAACGUCAGCAGAAGCGGCGCCAAGAGCAAGAGAGGGAACUCGCUGAGGAAGAGUUAAAGAAGGAAAGGCAAGAAAGGCGUGAGUUGCAAGACAGGCUUCGCUGUGAAGAGGAGCAGAGGCGACAAAGACGAGGACUCCAAGAGCAGGAAGAACGCCGCCGCCAGGAGCAGAAAGAGCAGUGGCGUAAGGAUCAGGAGCCGGAGGAGUUUCCCGAGGAAGGACAACAGCAAAGGCGAGAGAGACAGGAACUGAAGAGGGAACGCUGUGAAGAAGAGCAAAGGCUCGAGGAAGAGAAAAGGCGAGAGCGACAGCAGCAGCGUCAAAGGGAGUUUCAGGAGGAAGAAGAGCAACUGCAAAGGCGAGAGAGACAGGAGAGGCGCAAAAGUCAGCUUCAGGAGGAAGAAGAACAACGGCAACGGCGCCAGCAGCUAGUGCGCCGGGAAGAAGAGCCGCUUCCAAGGCAGGAACGUCAGGAACUGAAGAGGGAGCGCUUUGAAGAGGAGCGCAGGGAACGCCGUGAAGAAGAGUCCCUGACCCAGAGAGCGCGCUGGGAGGAAGAAGAGCAACAGCAGAGGCGGGAACGACAAAAGCUGAGGAAAGAGGAGCAGCAGCUGCAAAGGCAGAGGCGCGAGCUUGAGGAGUCCCGGGAGCAGCAGCAGAGGCGCGAACAAGAGCGCCAUGAGCAAGAGCUGGCAGAGGAAAGGCGGGAGCAGGCCCGAGAGCAGGGCAAGAGCCGUGCCCCAAGGUGGCAGUGGCAGCUGGAGAGCGAGGCUGACGCACGUCAAAGCAAAGUCUACUCGAGGCCCAGCCGGCAAGAGGAGCAGAGGCGCCACUUGGAGCAGGAGGAGGUGAGGAGGCUGCAACAGGAGCGUGAAUGGCAACUAAGAGAUGAGCACGAGGAGGACAGCCUGCGUGGUGCCAGGCCCAGGCAGCUCCAGGAGGAGCGUGAGCAGCAGUGGCGGAGAGAGGAACAUAAUCUCUGGCGGCAGCAGCAAGAGGAAGAAGCGGAGAAGCGCCGUGACCUCAAAUGGCAAUGGGAGCUGGAGGAUGAAAGGGAGAGGCGCCGCCAGAGGCUGUCCACCAGGCCCUCGCUGAGGGAGCAGCAGAGGGAACGCCAGGAACAGCAGUUCCUUGAAGAGGAGGAGCAGCAGCGCCGCCAGCGACGCGAGAGAGAGCAGGAGCGGAGGUUCCUGGAGGAGGAGGAGCGGCUCCAGAGACGCCAGCGAGAGAGAGAACAGGAGCAGAGGUUCCUGGAGGAGGAGAAGCGGCUUCAGAGACGCCAGCGAGAGAGAGAACAGGAGCAGAGGUUCCUGGAGGAGGAGGAGCGGCUCCAGAGACGCCAGCGAGAGAGAGAACAGGAGCAGCGGUUCCUGGAGGAAGAGGAGCGGCUCCAGAGACGCCAACGCCAGCGAGAGAGAGAGCAGGAGCAGAGGUUCCUGGAGGAAGAGGAGCGGCUCCAGAGUCGCCAGCGCUCACAAUUCCGGGAGGAGCGAGAACUCCAAGAGGAACAGGAAAGGAGGCAACGCCAAGAGGACCAGCGCCGUGACCAAAAAUGGAGGUGGCAGGUGGAAGAAGAAAGCCAGAGACGCCACCAGGUGCUGUAUUCCAAACCAGCCAAGAGGGAGCAGCUGAGGGAGGAAGAGCCACUCCUGCGUCAGGACCGAGACCAAAGGUACCGUGAGGAGGAGCUGCAGAGAAAAGAACAGGAGAAGAGAAGAAGCCAGCAGCGGGACAGGCAAUAUCGGGAGAAAGAACAGCUGUGGCAAGAAGAGGAAGAGCUGCAGNNGCAGCGGGACAGGCAAUAUCGGGAGGAAGAACAGCUGCGGCAAGAAGAGGAAGAGCUGCAGAAGGAGAAGAGAAGACGCCAGCAGCGGGACAGGCGCUAUCUGGACGAGGAACAACUGCAGGGGGACCGGAGACGCCAAGCCUGUGACCAGCAGUAUAGGGAGGAGGAGAAGCCGCAGCGCCGAGACAGGGAGCAGCAAUUUCGCAAUGAAGUUCAGCUCCAAGACCCACUGGAGCGAGAAGAGCAAGAGAAAGCCAAAAGGCGAGACCAGAAGUUCAGAGAGAAAGAGCAGCAGCUGAGAGAAGAACGAGAGGAGAAGAGAGGGCACCAGGAAAGAGACAGGAGGUUCCCAGAAGAGAGCUUCCAGCAGUCCCGAGACAGACGAUUCCAGGAGGAGGAACAGCUGCGCCAGCAGGAGCGCGACCAAAAGUUCCGCGAGGAAGAGCAGCUGCGUGAGGAGCGCAAGGAGGAACAGUGGCGCCGCCAGCAGAGGGAUAGAAAAUUCCGCGAGGAAGAGCAGCUGAGUCACCACCAGAGGGACAGAAAGUUCCUAGAAGAGGAACAGUUCCGCCGUGAACGAGAACAGCAGCUGCGCCGCCAGGAUGAGGACAGAAAGUUCCGCGAUGAUGAGGAGCGUGAGGAGGAACAGUGGCGCCGCCAGCAGCGGGCCAGAAAGUUCCACGAGGAGGAGCAGUUUCGCCACCAGCAGCGUGACCGAAAGUUCCGCACAGAAGACCAGCUGCGCAGUCAGGAGCCCGAGCAAGAGCUUCGCCAAGAGCGAGACCGAAAAUUCCGUGAGGAGCAACUGCUCCGCCAGGAACGAGAGGAGCAGCAGCUGCGCCGCCAAGAUUUAGAAGGUGAUUUCUCUCGGAGAGAACCACUGAGACGCACAGAGCAGGAGGAAGAACAGAAGCGCUGGCGGCAAAGAGACCGCAAGUUCCUAGAGGAAGAACAGAACCUCCAGUUGCAAGAGGAAGAGAAACUGCUCCGCAGGGAACAGGACAGAAAGUUCCGCCAGGAAGAAGAGCAGCAGAGGCGUGAGGAGCACGAAGAGCAGAGGCUCAGGCAGGAGCGAGACCGGCAGUACCGCGCUGACGAGCAGUUUUCCCGGGAUAAGAGGCGCCGCCAGGAGCAAGAACUGCGCCAAGAGGAAGAGCAGAAACGCCGUCUGGAGACGGAGAGGAAAUUCCAGCAGGAAGACCAGGGCAAGCGUCAGUUUGCCAGUGCCCCAGUGCGCUCCAGCCCCCUCUAUGAGUACAUCCAAGAGCAGAGAUCUCAAUACCGCCCUUAA